AAUCAAAACAAAACAAUCCAAAAUUAGGAUAUGAAAGUUUCAAAGCUGUGUCGAGUUUGUUUUAAAAAAAGUGAUGGAAGUGUCAAUAUAUUUGAAAAAGAGCCACACAAAUUAUCUGCUGCUAAGAUGCUUGAAGAAAUAUGUGGAGUAAAGAUAUCAAAGAAAGAUUUGCUUUCACAAAUAAUAUGCAACCAAUGUUUGAUCGAGACAAAAAUAACUUAUUGUGUACGACAACGAUGCAUUGAAUCAGAUAAACGUCAGCGAUCGUCUAACACAAUGGUCAGAAAUAAACAUAUCGUUAAGGAACAAAUUAGUGAAAAAUCAACCCGUAAAAUCAAAUUAUCAGAUAACGAUGAUGAGAACAGCUCCUCUCUUGAUGAUCACAAUGACUACUCGUCAGAACUUACAGAUCCAAGCGAGGAGAAGGAAGCUUUUCCAGUAAGAGACAAAUGUCAAAAUCCAGCAAAAGAAAAAUUUCCAUUAAGCAGCGAGACUGAAUUUGAAAAUCAAUCUGAACUUACUUACGCUAAUGAAAAAGAUAUACCAGAAGAAGUCAAAAUUAGUAAAAAGAAAUUACGUUAUCCUGAUCCUUUUAUAAACGAAAGAAAUGAAUUUAUUUGCGUUAUUUGUUAUGCCAUAUUAAAAUCUUGGCAGUCAUGGAACGCUCAUCAUUAUCAAAAGCAUUCUAAGAAAACUUGUGGUGUGUGCACUUUCGAAUGUGUGACCUUUCAAAAUUUAAAAGAACAUUACGAAAAUUGCCACAUGAAAGGAAAAUUUUUAAGUUGUCCAAUAUGCGGUAAAGGAUUUCGUUCAAGACAUGGAUUAAUCGGGCAUUAUAAUUGUCAUAAAAGUACUUCGUGUAAUAUCAAGGAGGAAACAAUUUCAAGUGAAACAAAUGCUGAAGUUGCUUCCAAACAAAACUGUCAUGAUGAAACCAUCAAAUCCGUUAAUUAUGCAGAUCAGUUAGUUGAAAAAGUUGAUAUUAAGGAAAAUAGUGACGAUGAUUGGGAUCAAAAUAUUCCGAAUUAUGAAAGUGACAGCAGCAGUGAUCAUAAAAUUGUGGAAACAAUAACAAAACCAUCAAAUGAUUCUCAAAAUGUCGUUAAGAAAGAAGAUGAUUUUGAAUGGGAUGAUUUGACCGUCACUGAGGAAGUUAAUGACAAAUUUAUUAAAGAUUUCAUUCCUGUGAAAAGAACUGGAACAAGAACUAUCUCAAUAAUGUGUUUCAUUUGUCAGGAAAGUUUUCCAUCGAAGUUAGAUAAACAAAGACACGUCACGCUCAAUCAUCCACCGAAUAUUCAAUGUUCUGUUUGUGGAAAGACAUUCAAACAAGCACGUAAAUAUGAAAGACAUAUGGAAAUUCAUAUCUGUGGUGAUUACAAUUGGACAAUGAAACAUUCAUGUGAUAUUUGUAAUUUUUCGUCCUCCAAAACUGACAUAGAAUGUCACAUGUUCAAUCGACAUCUUCGAAUUAAAUUCCAUCCUUGUGAUAUAUGCGGCAACAGUUUUCAGAAUUCAACAUUAUUGAGACAACACAUGUUUACAAAUCAUGAUACACAACCGACAUACAUUUGCAGUAAAUGUGGACAAGGAUUUGCAAUGCAAGCAAGUCUUAAACAUCAUAGAAAUAAAAAUUGUUUAAAGACAUCAAAGAGAGGUGGUCGACUCAAUGCAUUAGGCUCUAGCAAUAACUUUCCACAGCCAGAGAUAAACUCAAAUGGUGCGUUCCAAUGUCCUGAUUGUCCAAAAGAAUAUUUCAUUAAAAGUAGCUGGUAUCAUCAUUAUCGAUCAAAUCAUCGAAUGAUGGGCUAUAAAUGUCGAUUUUGUGAACAAGAAUUUACUCAUCGUUAUAAUCUCAAGAAACAUUUAAAAGAAAUUCAUGGACAACAAGAAGAUCACGUUUGUCAUAUUUGUGGGAAGAAAUAUUUGACGGCUGAUGGAUUGAAUCUUCACAUGAGAUAUACUCAUGAGCCGCAUAUGAACGAUUCAAAAAACUCGCUUAAAGUUAAUAAAUGUCGGAAAUGUUGUAAAAGUUUUCCAUCAGUUGAAAGUCUUCAACAACAUAAAAAUGAAUUUCAUCCUAAAGUAUUAAAAGAGAAAUGCUACAUUUGUUUACUUGCUCUACCAUCGGUUUUUGCAAAAGUAAAGCAUAUAAAUCGAGAGCAUAGUGAUUGUGUUAACAAAGAAUGUGCAAAGUGUGGUCAAAAGAAGUUUUCAACAGCUUCAAGAUUUGAGAUUCAUAUGAGAAAGCAUGAAGUUGGCAAGACUGAAAUUUGCAAGUAUUGCAACAAGAAAUUUUCAGUUCCAAGAACUCUUGCAAGUCAUAUUAAUUCAAAACAUAAAGGAAAGAAACUAUUUAAAUGUGAGAUUUGUGGAGAUUCUAUCAGCUCAACUGAUAUGGCUCGUCAUUUAGCGAAACAUAAAUAUUCGAAUGAAAAUUUUAAUUGCAGUAAAUGUAAAAAUUCUUUUUAUAGUAAAAUACUUUUUGAUAGGCAUAUGGUUAGAGUGCAUGGAUCUCAUCCAGGUGUAGAGUGUUUUCAUUGCGGAACAUUCUUCAAAACGAAACCUAACAUCGUAACGCAUUUCAGGCAAAAACAUUGUAAAAUAUUUAAAGAUAAAGAAUAA